AUGAGUAACGACGACAUUGAACAGCGCUGCACUGUAUUACGACAGGACCUCAAAGUCUGGGAGAAGAAAUUUGCAGCCCAGAACCAUGGUCGAAAGGCGGGACGCGACGACAUCAAGGCCAAUGCCGAGAUCUCACAAAAAUACAAAGAAUACAGCAAGCUGAGGGCACAGCUCUCACGAAAAGCAGCCCCGGAAACACCCUCCAAGCGAACUAGAAGCCGGAACGCAGCCGUCGACACAGAGCGCACGACAAAAGCAGCGCCCAAGGCCAUUGUUACCACGCCCAUGAAAAGGAAGAGGGAGGACGAUGAGCUUUCAGAGAACGUCACCCAAGCGGUCGAUCUCCUCUCGCCACAAGGGCCUGCCGUAAUCGGACCAACCCCGCAACGUGAUGGCAUAGUCCUAGGCCUUUUCGAUCAGCUGCCUUUUGCACUCACACCUACCAAAUCGAGAACUGUUCUUGGAGAGGUGGGAUUGAAUGUGCCUCAGACACCGAGUAAGGGGUUGGAAGAUGGAGCAAGCGAAGCAUUGCUGGAGUCUCGAGCGAGAGGAGAGAGAACACCGUUAUCGGCCGGAAAGCGCUUUCUGCUGAAUCAAUUCGUUACACCAAAGAAGAGAAGACUAGACGAGGAAGGGACACCGUCAUCUACAAUGCAUGGGUUAGCGACACCUGCUUUUCUUCGAAGAGACAAUGCUCUGGGCGCAAUUGACGAAGAAGAUGAAACAACCCCUCGUGCAGCGCCAUGGAAGCGGCGGGGACUAGGACGCAGUUUGACUGCUAUGAUACAGGCUAUGAAGAAAGAUGAGGACGACAAGCUUGAUGAAGAGGCGGAUAUUAUGCGAGAACUGGAAAUGGAAGAAGAAGGCAUAGUGGCUCCAAAGAAACCCAGAGUACCGCAACUCUUAGUGCAAGACAGCCAAGCGCCGAUGCCCUUGGGUCCAGAUAGGGGUGUUGAAUCCGAAGAAGACAGCGAGGAAGAACCGGAACUGGGUCCCGAUGGCAAACCUCGGAGGGCAUGGAAGAAGAAGGGAAUGAAGAGGCAAACACGACGGGUGAUAAUGCGUCCGAACGUUGUUAAGCCUAAGCCAACGCCAGCACCAGAAACACAUGAUGUAGAAGAGCAGACACGCGUGCCAGAGACGCAAGUACCAGCAGACAUAGAAGACGAGUUCGGUUCAGACGUGGACGAUGGAUCAGACUAUGCUAGCGAUGUGUCACAUACUCCGAAAGUACGGAAAGUGACAAAAAAACCACAAGAAGCAAACGAGAAGCCGAAAAAGGAAAACAUUAUAAAGACGGCUGCCCGGAAAAUCAAAGCUACAGCCAAUGCAAAUUAUCGGAGACUGAACAUCAAGGGAAAAACAGGGACCGGCGGAAAGGGGAGGUUUGGUUACGAUACGGCGUGGCGGUUGGUCAGCCCCCAGACGCUAAGCCCAGCAGCACCUCCGACGCCGACGGUCCCCCGACGUACACGGUCGAAGCUUCCACCCGCCGCGGCAAACAACACCACUACCACAUCACCCAUUCGACUACUGCAACCCACACAAGCUCCCUCUUAUUCGCCAUCUGUAUCAAUCAACGAGAAAUCAGAAUCACCGCACACUAUGGCCGAGAAGGAACUUUCCAGCGUGCUCCAGCAGCUCCACCAGACGCUCAAGUCGCACAACUACCAGCAAUCAACAUCAUUACUAGGCAAAGCCAAGAUCGCCCUGCUCAACCUCAACGCCCUGAUCCCGCAAGAAAAGACGCCACGAAAACAUCUGCAGCUAGCACGCGAGACGCUCGAACUCGGCGCCAUCAUCUCGAUCCGCCUCAAAGACACCGAGUCCUUUACCCGCUACUUCCAGCAGCUGCAGCCCUUCUACGCCCUCCCGGAAUCCACACUGCCCAAGGAUGGCAGCAAUUCCAGCAAAGUCACGGGUUUGUACCUGUUGCUGCUGCUGAGCGAGGGCGACUACGCAGGGUUCCACACGCUGCUUGAGACGCUCGAGGUGGCGGCUGCACAGGCGGGCUCGAAGCUCGAGGCUGACCAAUUUAUCCAGUACCCCGUGAGGCUGGAGCAGGCGCUUAUGGAGGGUAGCUAUGAUAAGGUGUGGGUUGAGACGAAGAGCGAGAGGGUGCCGGGUGAGGAGUUUGGGCUGUUCACAGAGAUUCUCAUCGGAACCAUACGCAAGGAAAUCGCCUCGUGCAGCGAACGCGCAUACCCCUCCAUCCCCAUUUCCGAUGCCAAAUCCCUCCUCUUCCUCGACUCGGAAGGCAGCGUUGUCAACUUUGCAAAGGAGUCCGGAUGGGUGGUCAAGGAUGGACGGAUAUACUUCCCCCAGCAGGAGGAUGACUACAUGAGCAAGGAUAUUCUGGUUACGAGCGAUCAGGUUAUUGAGAAUACGCUAGGAUAUGCGCGGGAACUGGAGACGAUUGUUUAA